UCAGAGUGCCUCGGGAGAGGAUAACUAAGUCGGACCUUAAAACUGGGAACUUUAUGGACAACGUGCAUUUCGGAGUUGCUAAAGACAAUCGAAUGAGGGUCUUUUUUGGACAGCACAGUGGGAUCAUUGUUAUAUGCGUCUGUUUAUGGUGGCGCACAUAACCAGUUCGUAGAAAGGCAUGCAAAAAGGAGACAAAAGCUCAAAAUAUAAGCGAUGGCAUCUUACCAUAACCUAGAAGAUGACGCAAUGGCUUUGAUGGUCCAUGACACCAGCACGGUUAAAACCGAGGAGUUUAUCAAAGAAGAACCGGCUCAAGAACAGAGUUCGGAGAAAGUGGACCCGUCCCAGAAGCCCCCAUAUUCCUACGUCGCCCUCAUUGCAAUGGCAAUUCGGGACAGCUCGGAGAAACGGCUCACCUUAUCUGGCAUCUAUCAGUACAUCAUAAACAAGUUCCCGUUUUAUGAGAAGAACAAGAAAGGCUGGCAGAACAGCAUUCGACACAACUUGAGCUUGAACGAGUGUUUCAUCAAAGUGCCCCGGGAAGGCGGGGGCGAAAGAAAGGGGAAUUACUGGACCCUAGACCCAGCUUGCGAGGACAUGUUCGAGAAAGGAAAUUACCGAAGGAGGCGACGGAUGAAGCGGCCAUUCAGGCCCCCUGCGGCUCACUUUCAACCUGGAAAAUCUCUCUUUGGCGGGGAUGGAUACAGCUACCUGUCCCCUCCGAAGUACAUCCAGUCUAGUUUCAUGAACAACUCCUGGCCGCUCAGUCAGCCGCCUGCACCAAUGUCCUACGCGUCUUGCCAGAUGACAAGUGGCAAUGUGAGUCCCAUCAAUGUCAAAGGGCUGUCAGCCCCUUCGUACAACCCUUAUUCCCGAAUGCAGGCUAUGGGUUUACCGAACAUGAUGAACUCAUACAACACAAUGAGUCACCACCAGCAUCCCCACCAAGCCCAGCAAUUGAGCGCCGCCACUGGUGCGCCCUCUCCGGUCCCUUCCAACAACCCAGCGGGCCUGCAGUUUGCCUGUGCCCGUCAGCCUAGCGAGCUCUACUCGUACUGGGACCAUGAGGCUAAGCACUCGUCGCUGCACUCUCGGAUUGACAUAUAAACGGAGCCUCUUCGAUGUAAAUGAAAUGCAAGAGGUGAUGCUGGCGUGUUGAAUCUUGAUUUAAGUAUUUAUAUGUGACCUCUGAAGUUGAUCGAUUUCUGAGGUUGGAAAAGCAAUACUUGUCGAAAUCAACAUAAAACACAGUGGAAGUCUUAAGAAAUUUACUACUUGCCAAGAAGAGUUCAAGUACAGGCUGAACGACAGAGAAGGCCCUUCUCGUCGGGUUGUCCUGCAUUUGACAAAGGUCUGUUUUGUAUCCUAAUUACCCCCAAAAGCGAACAAAGGAUCGAUUUACCAGUCGCCAAAGCCAAAACUUUUACAGUUUUACGCAAACAGGGUACAAAACCUGAAACCGCAAACCUUUGUAGAAUUAUCCCAUGAGCAAAUUGGUUUACACGAAGACGUUAUGGUAAUUGUCUGAAUGUCAGUCUACCUCUAGGUUGUGUUUAUAAAAUUGCAUAUAUGUCUGGUCUGUAGCCGAAUCCAGAUCAUUUGAGAUUUUUGCCUGUUUGUUUAAAGUCAAGUUUGAUGAUAGAAUACUUUUCAGUUUUGUUUUGUUAGAACCCUUUAGUUCGCGACUUACGUAUUGAUUUGCUUUUUUGUCAAGUCGAGUGUUGCUUUCUAAAUUGUUGGGACCAUGUUAAACCAGCACUUAUUUUAUAAUUCGAAGUUCUUAAUAAAUGCGAUUUUCAAUCGGAA